AUGUCUGACGGGAAAUUUGACUUCUCGACGUAUAAGCUGUUCGAGCCCCAAUAUCAACCAGACAGGCUCAUCAUCGUCGACGCUGACAGCAUCGAGUCGCCUGAGACUGUGACGUUACGAUACGAAGAGGAAGCUGCAGCCAGAGCAAACGGCGGAGACCGACGAGGGGAGUCCCCUACUGGUCUCCUGUCCAUGGCGGCAUACGCAAAACCUCAGUUGCCCCAGAUGCAUUCUUUCGACUCCGCGAGGACGUAUCAAGAUACUCAGUACCAGUACCCUCCACAUCAAUUCCAUGGAGCCCAGGCCGACAAUGCAGCGUCACAGCUCAGCCAUAUGGCGUUCGCAGAGAACAGUGCUGCAGCGCCAUAUAUUGGCCACGUAGCUUUGCCGACAGUGAUCUCUUGCGUGCCGAGCAGUGGUGCAGCGGGCACGAAGAUCAACGUCAAGAUAUCAGCCUUGUAUGAUUUGCUCGAGGUCACGAGUCACUUCUAUCUCGCGUUUGGAGACCAUCGUGUCCCAGCUCACGCUAUCCGCGAGGCGAGCGACGGUUCUGGGCACCUUUAUGCUGUGAGCGGACAGGUACCGCACCAUCACCUCACGAGGAGCGACAGUGUCACUGUGCCGCUGUCCCUUUCAGUAGACAGCCCUGAGGGUCACACAAUGGCAACGGUCGAAAUCGGCACAUUCACAAUUGAGCACAGCAUCGGUGCUGUGAGCAGCCCGCAUGACGACGGAGUUUCGCACAGGAAGGGGUCUAAGUCACCUGGUGGCAGGGAGGAGCACCAAAAGCACGGGCAGGAGCACGUCAGCGACAACUCGACAGGCGCAUUCGGAUACCCUCAUCCGGACCAGCAAGGAGUCGUUGGGGGGUAUAACGGCGACCUUGUUCACAGCAGCAUGGCCGCUCCGUAUCAGCGACUGACAUACAUGGGUGGCGAGUAUCCUCGGAUACCGCCUCCGCUCAAGACACCCUCUUGGAGCCCGUACGGAUCAUCAUUGGAGUCCAGGAGUCCCGUCAUCAACCACACCACCAUCACGCGUCCCAGCAUCACUUCGCUGCCUAUGCCUACAUCCACGACUCCCCAGCUUGUGCGGACAAGCACAUUACAGUCAUCUGGAUCUUCAAGUACGGGCGCGUACGGUAACCCAUAUGCCCUCUACUCAAACAAGGCCGUCCUGAAGAUCCAAGGCGACCUUGACUCGAUGGCGCGGGGCUGGACGACUGAAGAAUGGACAAACCGGCGUCGGAUCGUUUUGUUCACGAAGCAGCAAAAGGGUUCGACUCUGAUCACGAAUUUCCGGCCAGUGACCGUCAGCGAGCGGCCCCCGAACAGCAUCUGCAUAAGUUGCAUCUACUGGCAAGAGAAGGACGAGUGCUAUGUCACCAGCGUGGACACCAUCUCCUUGCUAGAGCAGCUGGUCGCCGCGCCAGCUCGGUUCACCGUGGAAGAGAAGAACCGGAUCCGACGCAACCUCGAAGGGUUCCGCCCUGCCACUGUCAGCAAGGCAAAGGCGGACAGUGAAGAGUUCUUCAAGAUCAUCAUGGCCUUCCCCAACCCGAAGCCGAGGAACAUUGAGAAGGAUGUCAAGGUCUUCCCGUGGAAGAUUUUGUCCCAGGCAUUGAAGAAGAUCAUCUCGAAAUACGUAAGUCCCCGUGUCUGGAAGAUUCUGAUUGUAUCGCUGGCUAACCCUGUCCAAAAGUCCGCCUCCCCCUCGUCUACAACAAUGCCGACUGGCGCCACGCCAGCGCUUCUGACUCCCAUCAGCAACGCCAGCCCUGGGCUGUAUCAGACCUCGCACACCCCAAGCCUGCCGGAAAACAACUACUCCGCAGCAGAGACGCAUCCUACCAUGCCAUCACCCCGUUCGUUAUCGGGCGGCGCAUCUGGCUGGGGCGGCUACCCAUCGAGCCGGGCGCUCUCACCGACCAUCAAGCCCAUGUCGCCACAGCAGGCAGGCAUCGGUCGGAUACCAGGACUCCAACCACAUGGGGGAGGGGUAGCUGACCCCAGGCAUCAGCAGCAGCAGCAACAGGCCCCACAUCAAUACGGGAUGCCGCCGCAGCUGCACGGCCGCUGGGACGCGGGAGUGCCUGGUGGCUACGGGGCUGCUUCCGGGAGUGGAGCUGCGGCAUAUGGCGGGCACCAGCAUCAUGGUCAGGUGUACAGCGGAGCCCACUAUGUGGACCGCGGCCAUCGAGAGUGA